AUGCCUCUUCUGCAUUUUUGCGCGGUAUUGGAACGUUGGAGAGCUACUAAAUUGGCUAGAAAAUAUGAAAAUGAAGAUAGGAAAUUUGGAAUUUUUGUUGUGAUUAUAGUUAUGACAAUUUCCUUACUUUAUUUUGCAUUUUAUGCCUAUAUUGUUUUGGAUGAUUAUAAUAUGGAAUGGAAUAAAAUGUUGGCAUAUAAUGCUACAGUAACAAACAGAAGCAAUUUAUUGUCUAUUUAUCAGACCUAUUUUAUGCUGUUUAUUUUAGCUUUAACUAUAUUGGGGGAUUAUUUAUUGUUGAGAAAGAAUGGAAAAAUGAGAAGGAUGGUUUUUAGCAAGUUUGUUUUUUGA